UGUGAAUGACGGACGUACGAUUCCCCAGCUAUGAGUUCCCUGUGAUUAACCUAAUCUACUAUCACUCUCGACUUCCCCAAACCCAAUUCUACAUAACCAAAACAUCAACCGAGGAGUCCAAAAGUAUCAGAAUGUGAAACAAUCGUCAGCAAUCGGGCCUCAAGCGACUGUUGAAUCAAGUGAAGCGAAACUCGCGAUUUUCUCCGAACGAAAAAUUGAACUCUACGUGGAAAUGGAGAACGGAGAAAUCGAAUUUUCGUUAUAACCCCUGAUAAACAGUGACAACAAAAACUGGUGCAUGAAUGGUGUAAUUCAGUGUUGGAGGGGUUGAAAUAGUGAAUAAUUUGAGAAUAUCAGAGCAGUCAGAACAAUUUUCAGAGAAUCUUGAAACUAAAAAUUCAAAAGUGAAUAAAAAUGUCGACAGCAUUGCUCGCACUGAUAGCUGUUAUCCUCUGCAUCCUCUUCAGAAUUCUCAAUGUCAACAGUUCGGCCCAGAAGCCGGUGUUGGUGUGUCAGGACCAGACAUUCCUCUCGACAGUCCUCAAGAUAGCACCAGUGAUCGCUGAACCAUACAAACCAACGAGACUGUGGGGGUUCAGUGGUCACGUGCAGACUAUAGUUCACAGUAUUAUAGGAAGGGUGAGAUGCCCGUGGCCAAUUGGUGACAGAAUCUACAUGAGCCUCACUGAUGGUACCACACUCACAUAUGACUUGUAUCAGCCACUGAGCAGUGGUCACGAAGAUGAUAUCACGGUGGCUAUUGCCCCUGGCAUUGGGAAUAGUUCGGAGAGCGUUUACAUCAGGACAUUUGUACACUUUGUACAGUGCCACGGAUACAGGUGUGCUGUACUUAAUCACGUGGGGGCACUUUCCAGUGUCAAAGUCACCGCACCGAGAAUAUUCUCUUACGGACACACUGAUGAUUACCACGUAAUGCUCCUCAGUCUCGCAGAGAAGCACCCCAACACGAAAAUCGUGUGUGUUGGCUUUAGUCUAGGGGGAAAUUUAGUGACUAAGUACAUGGGAGAGAGAGCCACAAAUAAACUGCCUCAGAUCAUCGGCGGGAUUUCCAUCUGUCAGGGUUACGAUGCCAUCGAGGGGACGAAAUUUCUCCUCAAUUGGCAGAACUUCAGGCGAUUCUAUCUCUACAUCAUGACAGAGUCUGUGAAGAACAUUAUUUUGAGACACAGACAGGCUUUGUUAUCUGAGAGUGUCAAGCUGAAGCACGGACUCAAGGAGAAGGAGAUACUCUCUGCUGCCACGCUGCCAGAGCUCGAUGAAGCUUAUACGAGAAGGAUACACCAAUUCAGAUCUGUGAAAGAAUUGUACAGGUGGAGCAGCAGCAUCAACUACCUCAACGAAAUAAAUUCACCAAUGGUAUUUAUUAACGCUAUAGACGAUCCAAUCGUACCUGAAGCACUCCUGGACCCAAUCAGAGAGUAUGCAGCCAAGAAGAGCAAUACCCUCUACAUCGAACUAGCCCAUGGUGGUCAUCUGGGUUUUUACGAGGGUGGUCUCCUCUACCCAAACCCAAUCACCUGGUUGGAUCGUACUCUAGUGUCACUAAUCGGCUCACUGACACUCUUCCACGCGGAUCGAGUAAAAGUCGCUUAAAAUAUCCUCCCCUAGAAGCGUCGAUGGACUUACUGCAUUUUUAGCUUGACCAAGAAACGAUGAGCAAGCUGUAAUGGGACCCCCAGUUGCUAAAUGUGACUACCAAGUUCUUCAUUUAAACCGAAAUAACGUGUAUCAUUCAGCAUUUAUCAUUAGGCUUUAAAGUCAUUCGAAAUUCAUUAAAAUUCAUUUAAGAAUGCAAUUAUCACUCGAUUAUUAUCAUUCCAAUGUUGCACAUGUGUCGCGUGCCGAUCAGCAUUGAUUUGAGUGUAAUUUAUCUGCCACUUCCCACUAGGAAUUAAAAUUAAUGAUUUUUCUUUA